AUACAAAGUACACACGCAUCAUGCUACAUUCGCUAGAGCUGUGAAUCGCAAACGCAAUUUGCCUACUGGCAACUGGCUUUUGCGGCUUGCUUACAACAUUGCCUUUUUGAAGUGAGUUUGUGUCUGUUAUAUAGUGACUUCCGUGUUUUGUAUCUGAUGAUUAUUCUUAAAUGGUGAGCGCUCCGCAUUCAUUUAAUUGUGUGGAUUUACUUUUAGACUUUUUUUAACGGAAUUGGCGUAUUGUAAUAUCUUUUUCGUUGGAGUGCUUAGGCUAAUAAUAUUAGUAUUGAUGAUUAGAAAAUGACAACUUACACAACACCACGUAAAUCACUUCGCUUACGGAAUAAUGCACCAUCUCCAUUUUUAUCAAACCGUAAACGAGAACUAUUUCCGGUUGAUAAUUGGGAUGAAGACAGUCAUGAUAUUGCUCCGUUACAGUCCUCUCCCGAAGCGUAUGAUACUGGACUCGCAUCACCCGAAAGCCCUAUAAAUAUGAAUCACACACCCAUUACUGAACUAAGUCCAACUAUGAGUGACAAAUUUGAAAGACUAAUGUCCGAUCCAAAAACGGGUAGUCUAGAUUCAGCCACAAUGAUUAUUGAAGAAACUCCACAUUCUAGAUGUUUCAAACAAAUGAACAAAACGCCGUUUGAAUCGGAAACUAAUAAAGAGGCUAAAACCCCAUCAAAAAAAGGGUUUAGUCUAAGUAAAAUUAACAGCUUUAAGAUUGAUAUAGGCGUUAGAACUACAUCAUUUUACGGUGGUAACCAGAUAUCAUUGGAAGAUUUGCGUCUCAAAAGAUUUAACAGAUUACAUAGCAAUCCAAAAGUUAAAGCAAAGUUAUUCAAUGACAGUAAAUCUACGAGUAAAAAAAGACCCAGAUCAUCGAGCCAUGAACGUAAAUCAAAGAAAUCUUGUACCGCUCCAAAAACUGAUUUAUUUCCAGGGAUUAUGCUACCAUUUAAAAAAAAAACUAUUCCAAAAAAGCUUUUCAUCAAAACUGAAGUAAAGGAAGAAAAAGUAAAUACAGAAGAAGAGAGUGAUAUUGAGUUAAAGAAAAAAAAUUUUGAGUUUCCAAAGCCUAGUUCAUUAAAAAAAGAUGUUUGGGCUGAAUGUAUGAAAUCUGAAAAACCUGAGCGCAUGACCAUUGAGCAACCUGAAAGCCGAAAAUUUUUCAAAUCUACUGUGAUUCAAAGUGAUACACCCUCUAGAAAAGAAAACAGCUUUAAUUACAAAGUUGUUAACUGGGGAGAUGAAAAUAAAAUGAGUACUAUUAUUAAAAACGAGCAGCCAGACUUUGAUAAAGUAGAUAUACUUGAUGAUGAUGCUAUAGAGCAAAUUGGUCAAGAAGUAUCUGACCUGAUAGAGUUAUUGGACGACGAAGAAGAAGACAGUCAGCCAACAGCUAUUCGAUAUCCUGGUCUAACAUUAAAUUCUUUGAAAAGGGAACCUGAAGAAUAUGAUGCAAGUGAAUGUUUUAAAACAAGUAAUAAACGUAUAAAAACUGAUGAAGAAACUCAAAAUCAUGUUCUAAAAUGUGAAAUGCCUGAUUUAAUAAAAGAUGCUUACAGUUUUGACGAAAGUCAAGAAGUACAAGAAAACCCAUUUUCAAAGUACACUCCAUCGACAAUUAAACUAAAAGAUAUUUCAAACUUAAUUAAAACUGAGGAUGAGUCUAUGAAUGAAUCACAAAGCAAUAUUAAUAACAGCAUUGUUAAUGAAAAUAUAUCGCCUCAAACAAAAUUAUUUUCUAUUUUUACAACUAAAACACCUUCACCCAAUCGUUACACUAGUUUGCCUACCAGUGGGAAAUCAACUGUUCGUAGAGUAAAACGAAUUGUCGAUGCAGCUCAAUACCAAAUCGAUGCUGGUCAAAAGAAAUUUGGUGGCUUUUUAUGCAAAGAGUGUGGACUUUAUUACUCAAGAGGAGAACCUGAAGAUGAAUCUGAACAUGAUAAAUAUCAUGCCGCUAAAAACAUUUUCAAGUACAAUGGCUUUAAGAAUGAAAAAGUGGUAUAUCAAGAUGAUGAUGAACGAAUAAUUGUAAUAUCUGGUUCAGAUUCAAAAAUGUUGUGUGCUAAAGCCUUGGAGGUAGUUUCAUUUGUCGAUCAAGAACUCGGGUUUAAUUCACAAAAUACUGUUUUGCCAAUUACAAAAAAAGUAUAUCUCUAUAUAAGGAAUAAACAAGUGGUUGGCUGUUUAGUGGUGGAGCUGAUUUCUCAAGCCUACCGUAAUUUAGAGACUGAAACUGAAGAUAUGGUAAUAGUUACUGAAGAGUCAUAUCCUGCUAAAGUAGGAGUUAAUCGUGUAUGGACAAAGUGGGAUUGUCGCCAAAAUGGAAUUGCGUCCAAACUUUUAGACAGUUUUAGGAAGAACUAUACAUAUGGCCAUAUAUUGUCAGUGGAUGAAAUUGCAUUUACAGUACCUACACGUGCUGGUAAACAAUUCAUUAAAAAAUAUACCAAUAGAAUUGAUUACAAUGUAUAUACAGGCUGGUAACUUUGAGUGAAAUUCUAUUUUUUAAAUUAAAUUAAAUUAAACAGCAUAGCUUUAUUUUUGGCUAUAUUUAUAUAACAAUUAUCUUAAGUUUUAUAAAUUAGAUCUUCAUUUAAAUAUUAAUUUCCUUUUUUUGACCAAGUUUUAAGUGUUAAGGCUCUCUAGAAACUUAAUUAGAUUUAACAUUUUGUUGCUUUGUUUCUAACGCACAUUUAUUUUUUUUCUGCAUCAGUUAACUUUUUAAUGUAAAAACAAUUAAUGUACAAAUUAAAAGUAAAGUUAAUAAUAAGACUAGUUUCAUUAAAAUGUCAAUUAUAAGCACCUAGUAU